CUAAAUUAGAGAGGAGAGGUCCAAAUUCAAUUUCUUCUUCGUCAAUCAUCUUCCUCAUUUCUUUCUCGCUAAGAUUCGCGGGAUAUGUUCUUCUAUAAAUUGGAAAAUUCCAUUUUCCCAAAUUCGCUAAAUUAACAGAUUUAAUGGAAGCAACAAUCGGCAAAUUCUUCGAAUCCGUUUCUUCGUUCUUCGGCGGUGGCGACCAGAUCCCCUGGUGUGAUCGUGAUGUUAUCGCCGGCUGUGAAAGAGAAGUUGCAGAGGCCGACGAAAGUGCCUCAGAAGAACGCAAGAACGAAAGCAUCAUGAGGUUGUCAUGGGCACUUGUUCACUCAAGGCAAUCAGAGGAUAUCAAUCGUGGCAUGGCAAUGCUUGAAGCUUCCUUAACCAAUUCUAAGACCCCUUUGCAACAGAGAGAGAAACUUUAUCUGCUGACUGUUGGAUACUACAGAAGUGGUGAAUAUUCAAGGAGUCGGCAGCUUUUGGAUCAAUGUUUGGAGAUUGCACCAGAUUGGAGGCAGGCCUUGACACUUAAAAAGACUGUAGAAGAGCAAAUCGCGAAAGAUGGAGUCAUUGGUAUCGGCAUUACAGCGACUGCCUUGGGACUUGUAGCUGCUGGGGUCGCAGCUGCUGUGACUCGAAGAUGAAAGGUUUAUUCGUUCACUAGAAUAUGCACAAAACCAGACACUUCCUUCAACCUCAAGAAUGGGAGUCUGAAGUUUUCAGUUCAGCCAUGAGAAAAAUGUUGAACAAGACCAAGAAAUUGAAAUCAAACUCCUUAUAUAGUCUUGAAUUGUAACCCAUUUCUAAAUUUAGGAUUCCAAAAUCUUCUUGUGUUAAUAUGUUAUAUUCUUAAAUGUGUUUCUCUUUUUAUAUGAGAAAUAUUUCUGCUUGUAUGUUACUUCUAUUCUUACC